GACUCGAGUCUCGAGAGGUGGCUGGCAUUUCCGCUCCCUGGUUUGGCGCUCUCAUCCUCAUCUCGCAGUUCGGUCUUGAAGUUCGCUCUUGCUGUCCUGGUUUGAGCUUUCGGGAAGUUCCCGGUGUCUGCUUUAUCUCUGGUUGACAUCUGAUUUUGUGUCUGCAACUCUGCUAGGGUUUUACUUUAGCUGCGAUCUCUCCUCUAGCCGCUUCUUUUCCAAUCGCGGCGUUUGGAUUUUCAGUGCUUCUUCUACUGAUUUUCUUUUCUAGGAAUCAUUUUGAGUAAUAUUUGGAGAUUGGAACAAGGGCUCUGAGCUUCCUUGGACGCGGCACAUUUUUCAGUUAGCGACCGGUAAUUGUCCUUCUGGGGAUUGGGUUCGUUUAGAUUUGAGUUCUGUGGUCUUUCUGAUUUUCUACGGCUGGCUUAUAAUUCCUUCAUUGCUGGAAAUUGUUCUACUAGUUCUAAGUGGAAGAAUUAUAUUUGGGACUUAAGGAUCGCUGGAAAGGACUAGCGUUUAUCUGAAAACCUAGUAUUUCUUAAUGUUCAGUUUCACUCCAUAUUAGAUUACAAUAAUUUUGAUGCCAACCGUCUGUUGUAUAAUUUUACGCCCAAACUUGAAGAGCCUGAUGCUUGAAAAUCACCUUAAUUUCCUUUCCUCUUUUAGUAAGUGUUCAUUAUAUUAUUGCGGGGUUUCAAGAUAUUAUUAAUAAUAAUAUACUAAAAAUUAAAUUUUCUUUUCCGGGAAUUUCUCAACAGUCAAGUUAUUUCACCCCCCUUAAGUUAUUUCUGGGACAAGCAGUAGCGGUGUUCAUAUUUCCAUGAUUGGUAUUGGACGUUAAUCUGAAGGCGACAGUCCCUGUCUAAUGGUAUAGUGGUUGAAAUCUUGUGCAUGACGAUGGCAAAGAGUAGUAGGUACUCUGAAGGUUAUUGUGGCAAUGCAGUAGCGCCAGCUGGUGAUCAGAGGGGUCUGGUAGCUCAGGACAAAUUGACACUGAAAUAACUGUUUCAGAGGACUCAAGCGUUCCCACUAGGAAAUGUAUUAGUUUAAAUUCAAGCCACCGUGACCCCUUUGGUGUUCCCAUGCAAGUUCUCCCCUUGUCUAAAUUAUCACCAUUUGAAAGAAAAGAUUUGGUACGUAGGUUGAGAUCAGAGCUUGAACAGAUUCGUCUACUCCAGAAAAAAGGGAAGAAAUUGAAUCCAGCUGGUAACAAGUCGCGGGCAUGGAACCGAGCCUCUACUGGGAAGUUUGCGUCUGCAGCACAGACUUGUUCGCCAAACACUGCAAAUGCUAUGCUGAUGAAACAGUGUGAGGCAUUGUUGAAACGUUUGAUGAAUCAUCAGUAUGCUUGGGUUUUCAACACCCCUGUAGAUGUUGUGAAGUUGAAUCUUCCAGAUUAUUUCACCAUAAUUAAGCAUCCUAUGGAUUUGGGAACAGUAAAAGGCAAGAUAACAUCGGGAGCUUACUCAAGUCCAUUGGAAUUUGUUGCCGAUGUAAGGACUACAUUUUCAAAUGCAAUGACUUAUAAUCCCCCUGGAAAUGAUGUCCAUAUCAUGGCUGACACCCUUAGUAAAUAUUUUGAAGUGAGAUGGAAAGCAAUUGAGAAGAAACUACCUAGAACUGAUCCUCUUCCAUUGCCAGAAAAAUCAGACACUCUUGGAGCAGUGGAAACUGCUAGACCAAUGCCUCCAUCGAAGAAGAGGAAAAUCACUUCAUUGCCACUGAGUUCAGAUGUGAGGCCACCUGCUAAGCGGAUUAUGACAGAUGAAGAGAAGAACAGCUUAGGCAGAGAAUUGGAGUCUUUGCUGGGAGAAUUGCCUGUACAUAUCAUUGAUUUCUUGAAAGAAAAAAGUUUGAACGGCAGAGAUUGUGGAGAGGAAGAGAUUGAGAUUGAUAUUGAUGAUCUGAGUGAUGAUACUUUGUUUACACUACGGAAGCUUUUGGAUGACUAUUUGCAAGAGAAGCAAAAGGAUAUUUCUAAAGCUGAACCAUGUGAAAUAGAGCUGUUAAAUGAUUCUGGACCUAGCAAUUCGUCAUUGCAGCCUUUCAAAGGUAAUGACCUAGCUGAUGAGGACGUAGAAAUUGGUGGCAAUGAGCCCCCUGUAUCAAGUUGUCCACCUGAGGGGAGUGAAAAGGAUAGAACACAUGGAAUUAAUCAACGUUUGAGUCCAGGAAGCUCCGGUGAUACAGGCUCUAGUAGUUCCUCUGAUAGUGAAGCUGAUGAUGCUAAAGCAAGUCAAGCGAACGCAUCAGAGGUACCAGAAAAUUUGGGGUCUGGACCUCAGUUGGAUGAAAAGACCGGGGUUGUUGAUACUCUGGAGAGACAACAAUCGCUAAGUAGGUUGGAUCAACUUGAAGAUAAUCCUCAGCAAAAGCAAAGUUCUUUCGACUCAGACUGCUGUCAAGACGGGGACAGCGGUCCAAAUGAGAGACAGGUCUCUCCAGGAAAACUCUAUCGAGCUGCUCUAUUGAAGAAUCGGUUUGCUGAUACCAUCUUGAAAGCCCGAGAAAAAACUCUGGCACAGGGUGAGAAGGGGGAUCCUGAGAAAUUGCGCCAGGAAAGGGAAAAACUCGAGAUGGAGCGUCAGAAAGAAAAGGCCCGAUUACAAGCAGAAGCAAAGGCUGCUGAAGAUGCUCGAAAACAGGCAGAGGCAGAAGCUGCUGCAGAAGCCAGAAGAAAGAGGGAGCUUGAGAGAGAAGCUGCACGCCAAGCAUUGCUACAGAUUGAGAAGACUGUUGAAAUCAAUGAGAAUUCACGCUUUCUUGAAGACUUGGAAAUGCUCAGAGCUGCGCCGGCUGAGCAAUUACCUAGCUCUGUAGAUGAGACUAGUCCUGAUCACUCACAGGACGGCUUGGGUAGUUUCAAGUUUGCGGGCGGAAAUCCCUUGGAACAACUAGGAUUGUAUAUGAAAGUGGAUGAUGAAGACGACGACGGAGAGCCUCCUAGCGUUCCAAAUCCUGUAAAUGAUGUGGAAGAGGGAGAGAUUGAUUAAAUUAUGCUGAACUUGUAAUCGUGAAAGAAUGUAACAGCAUGUUGUCCUAAGAAAGAAUAUUGGUAAACUAAACUUAUCCUAGUCCCAGGCAACCUCUUGAACUAUUUAGUUCUUAUGAUUAAUCCAUCACAAAAGGGACGAAGCAUCUUUUCUUGUGGUAGCAUUCAGCCUCUAGGAGACACGACACGAUAUCGAGUUUCAGCUUCUCAAGACUACGAAAGGGCCGGUGUGAUCAGAAACGGGGGUACUUUUUGGCCCCUUCCCAUCAGGAUGGCAGCUUGCAUUAGCUUACUUUUGUGAUAGUGGCCUUAACAUCUCUUCGUCUAGUCAAAUCUGUACAAAAUAUAGUCCUUUAGAUUUUCAUGAUUAUGGACGACUGAUAGUAGAAGUAGCUCCAUGCAUCGUUUCCUCGAUAUGCUGUGUGCCUGUAUUUGUAACUUGUUUGUUGUAUUAUUGGUACAAUUUUGAUAGUUUCAGUUUCA